CUUGUUUCUCUCUCUAAGACGCCAUCUACCGCUUACACAAGUUCUACAAGAACCCAUUCCCUCCCUCAUAGCCCCCACUCUGCUCUCUACUUUCACUUCACAACUUCUCUCUCCUCUUCUCUCUCAAGAAAACUCCCUCACUCUCUCUUACAUUCAUCUCAAACACACAAACUCUGUUCCAAACCACUCUGUUUUUCAAUAUGGCAAUAGAAAACCAAGACAACACCACUGUCCGGGAAAUCAAGCCCAAGAACAGGAGAAUCAUGGGUGCUGGAGGACCUGAAGAAGAUGACAACAGGUGGCCACCAUGGUUGAAGCCUCUGCUGAAAGAGAACUUCUUUGUUCAAUGCAAGUUUCACGCUGAUUCCCACAAGAGUGAAUGCAACAUGUAUUGCUUGGACUGUAUGAACGGUGCUCUCUGCUCUCUCUGCCUCGGUCACCACAAGGAUCACCGUGCAAUCCAGAUUAGGAGGUCCUCCUACCAUGAUGUGAUCAGGGUCUCUGAGAUUCAGAAGGUGCUGGACAUCACUGGCGUCCAGACCUACAUUAUCAACAGCGCAAGGGUGGUGUUCUUGAAUGAGAGGCCUCAGCCAAGGCCUGGGAAAGGUGUCACCAACACUUGUGAAGUCUGUGAGCGCAGCCUUCUUGAUUCUUUCCGCUUCUGUUCUCUGGGUUGCAAGAUUGUUGGAACUUCCAAGAAUUUUGAAAAGAAGAAGAAGCUCUCAGUGGCAAUGGCAUCAGAUUCUGAGGAUUCAUACAGCAGCAACAGUAACCAUGGCAGGAAGAACAUUCACAACAACCACAACAACAACAACAACAAAGUCCAGAGCUUCUCACCAUCCACACCGCCUCCAACUUCAGUUAAUUACAGAACAGCCAAGAGGAGGAAGGGAAUACCUCACAGAGCCCCAAUGGUGGGGCUAGUCAUAGAAUAUUAGAUAUAAUGUGGGUAUUUUUAGGUUAUAUAUUUGCUACAUGAUUCUAUAAGUACUAAUGCUGAAAGUACUGCAAGUUCUUUAUGCUUUUUCUGUAGUGGUUUUCAUGUAUAUAGAAAAUCAACCCAAUAGAAGUGUAGCAACUAGCAAAAAUAAAGUCACCUGUGAAAUAGUUGAUGGUGGUGCAGUUAGCAACCCGUGCGUGUUGUGUAGCAAAACAAGUAAAGUCUCUUUUCAAAUUUCAACCUAGUUUAAGAUGAUGAUAAUGAUGAUAUGGUUAAGAAACUGUUAUAGGGUUUGGGUUUCUAGAGUAAUUAUACCUAAGUUUUGGGGCUGUUAGUGUAAAUAGUGGUGGGGGGAAGAAGACAAAUGACAAUGUACUACUCCUUAUUAUGUCGACAUAUGGAAUAGAAAAUAAAAGAGAUUUUAUCACAA